AUGACCAUCAAACCCAACGAGGUCGCACUGAAGGAAGUCUGGCCAUCUUCGGAUACAUUAGUCUGCUGCGGAACGAUCUAUUUCCCACCUUUCGGUGGUCACGAUACAUAUGAUCGGCAUCAUGACCAGACUGACCCAACAAGCUGGUCAACGGCAGAUACUCUGUCAACAACUCUCGAAGCCGAACGCCCUACACUACAAAAGAUAAUGGACGCCGGCGGCGAGAUCGAUCACCAGGUCAUACCAGAGAGAAAUGUGGACAAUUGUAUCAGAAAGAAGAGGGUAGUGGUUCGAGUGUUCACCAAGACAUGCAAGCUCCCUGAAAUAAUACAGGCUUUCACAACGCUUGAUGGAAUUUACCUACAACAGCCGGUUGACAUUAGUGACAACUGCCCAUACUACGAUUUUCAACUUCUGCACUUUGGGCCUCCCGAUGUUGUCAAAUCAGAGCAUACUGAGCGAGAUGGACAGGAAUACUAUAGAUUUAUCCACCUGCCAAAAGAGGUUGUUCUACAGCUACAGCUAUGA